CUGCAUCCUCCUCUCCUCUCCUCCAUCCUCUCAUCUCUCCAUCCACACAGUCCAGGGACCUGAAAGCUUGAAUAAAGAUGCUCAACGUCUCGGGUCGCUGGAGCCUCGUCACCGGGUGAAACCGAGUUAUCUAUCUGGAAGGGACACACACACAAGAGGAGCAGUCAGUGAAGGUUCAGCUCAGAGACUCGUUGCAUCCUGGUUUCCUGGCACCGACAUGGAGCUGAAGAAAUCUAUUUCGGACACCGAGCGAGCGCUCAGGAGCUACGGCGCCGUGUCGGAGACGGCGUGGACAACAGACAAAGGUCAUUCAGAUGUGUCCAUGGCGGAGAGCACCAUGGCUCCAGAGGAGAUCGAGGUGGAGAUGGCUCGUAUCCAGCGCCUGCGAGAGGUCCUGGUACGCCGGGAGUCUGAGCUGCGCUUCAUGAUGGAUGACAUUCAGCUCUGCAGAGACAUCAUGAGUUUAAAGCAGGAGCUGAGAGUGAUUGUCACAGCACCAGAGAAAGAAAAAAACAAGAAGCACAGGCAGCGGGAAGAAGAGCUGAUCCUGAAGAUUCAUAAACUGGUGCAGAAGAGGGAUUUCCUGGUCGACGAUGCUGAGGUGGAGAGAUUAAGGGAGCAAGAGGAGGACAAGGAGAUGGCUGAGUACCUCAGACUGAAGCUGAUGCCCCUGGAGAAGAAGCUCAAAGCCACACAAAAUCCUCCGAAGCCUAAGAGACAAAUCCCAGAACCGCCUCCGAACAAACCAUCCAUCACCAAGUCAGGAGUGGCCAUCAUUAAGGAUUGCUGUGGAGCCACCCAGUGUGCCGUCAUGUAACUGACACUAGACCUCUUUAUGACCCCCGGCGUCCCCGUGUCAACACACUCGCAUGCCAUACAUCACUUCCUGUGACUCAGAGAACCUGGGUUAACUGUGUAUUCCCCUCGAAACUGUUCAGGAAUCAGGUUUGUGAUUAAAUCGCAGAUAAAGUUUCAGCCCAGAGUCUGGGAGCUGAUCCCUAAUCAGUGCUCGAGGGAAACCUUACAAUAAGGAGCUUCUGUGAGUGAAGUGUACAUGAAGAAAAGAUAAAAGGGAAUUGAAAAUGUAAUCUGAUAAAUAUAUGUCUUAAAUUAGAUUGGGUCAUUCCAUCAUGUAACGUUAAAACAGUAGAAGGAUUUACAGAACUUCAAGCACAAUGUCCACAAAUUGAAGUGCCGGGGUUCUCUGUCUCACAGUAAAAAAGACAUCUGUUAUCGUCCCAUCAUGUUUGACAACGGGUAUUUAUUCUUCCAUUUCAGCCCUUUAACAUCAACCAGUGAACCUCUUUCACUUUCAGGAGACCCACAACUCUGUGUUUGUAUCAUCGUUCCCGGGUGUGACUCAGACAAACAAUAUGGCUGCCAAUUAAGUGUCUGGUAUAUACAGUAAAUACUAGAGACGGGUGGCAGCCCGUUGAUGCUUUUGUUCUGGAGCUGGGCAAUAUUUUUGUCAGCACUUUAAUUCACCAUCUGUGAUUCUGUAAUAUCUGCUGUGCUGCAUUUAAAGAUUUGGCAGAGUCAAAAAAUCUGUGGUGGUCACUGAAAAUACUUCAUGAAAAUGGACUCUGCAACGUUGCUACAAAGUCGGGUCAUGUUAGGUGCAUCCAAACGUUUGCAUUUCACUCUAUAGAAGCUAAUGCUUACUGGCAUGCCACCUCAUAUGACCCACUUUUGUAGCACUGGUUCUCAACCUAUUCAUUAUUUUGGUUAACCCCUGUAUAUGCCAACACUUGAAAAUAGUUUUAGUCAACUUUUUUGUUAUUAUUUUUGUUUUUAAAUCAACCACUAUGCUUGCUCAUAUUCUCCAGAGUCACCUCAUUUCACCCAUCAGCUACCGGGAAUUAUUGACUGUGGUAGUAUCAUCAUAGUUAUUAUGGAUAUUGCUGACACAAACAACUUGCAUCCUCUGAAUUUAGUCUUGCGUUUUUAUGAUAAACACCAGGAAAUGAAUGCAUCCCUCUUGUAAAUGCCUCCUAUAGAUGGUGUAUGUUUCGAGUGUAUUUAGGACAUUAGUGACUCCUGUCAAGCAAAGUGUUGUCACUUUACCUUCCAUUCUAAUAACUUAGCGUUCUGUAGUAGUAGUGAAUUUAUGAAGGUCCUUGAGUUGAAUAUUGAACAAAUAUGCAGAAAAUAAGCUGAAACUACCUGUACAUACAUGUUUAAAUAAAGAGCAUCUUUCAAGAACA